UUGAUCGUCAUCGUUUAAAAUUCGAAGCUUUCAACGUAAAGCCGACAACGGCUGCUGGCGUGCUUUGUGUGGUGUAGCGGUAAUUACUUCAUUACAUCGGUCUUUCUCGAUUAGUGCACGCGUGAGGCCAGAAUCACACAUCAAAGGAUUACGUUCGCUCGAAAAUUGGAAUAAAACUACUGACGAAACAUACAGAAAGAGAGAGAGAGAGGCUGUUGGAGGCUCUUGAAGGCAGCAUGUUGUGAAGGCUACCAAUUCAGAGGUGUUGAUGCAACAAGAGUAGACGCGGACGUGCGUCACGUGGAGCAGCAUGGUUUUUGGCAAAAAAGACACAACGAAGGCGAGCUCGCCUAGUAGAACAGACGCAAGGAAAGUGUUGUCAAAGUCAAACGCGAGCAGCAAGACAGCCGCGAAGGCGUCCACGCGAGCAAAUGCAUCCGAAAUUUCGAUCAAAGUGAUUGUGAGGAUCCGGCCGCACAACGAACGAGAGCUACAAGACAACAGCAGAACUGUCAUCGAGACUGUGGAUGACAAAAUGUUGAUCUUCGAUCCAAAGGAGAAGGAGACACCCUUUUUCUUCCAUAAUGUAGCUCAACGAGGUAGGGAUAUGCUGAAGAAGCAAAACAAGCAUCUUCAGUUCAUCUUCGAUAGAGUCUUCGACCAAACAUCCGUGAACACGAACGUCUUUGAGGGCAGCACCAAGAGUCUAAUCGGCAACCUCCUGGAUGGCUACAAUUGUUCCGUAUUCGCAUACGGUGCCACUGGUGCCGGCAAGACUCACACGAUGCUGGGUAACAAAAACGAUCCUGGCAUCACUUAUCUCACAGUGGCGGAGCUCUUCUCAGAGAUCGAGAAGCAGAGCAGCCAUCGUGAGUUCCAGUUGAACGUUACUUAUCUGGAGAUCUAUAAUGAGAAUGUACAGGAUUUACUGCACAAGUCGGGUCAGCUGCAGCUGAGAGAGGACGGCAGAUGCGGCGUCGUGGUCGCCGGCCUCAAGCCGAUUGCCAUUCGAGGCGCCGAGGAGUUGCUGUCGCUUCUGGCGGAGGGCAACAAGAACCGCACGCAGCAUCCCACGGACGCGAAUAAGGAGAGCAGCAGAAGCCACGCGGUCUUUCAGGUGUACAUCGAAAUAAUCGACAAACUGGACAGCCAGGUCCAGCGUGUGAAAUUGUCAAUGAUCGACCUGGCAGGCUCUGAGAGAGCGUCCGCCACCGGCUGCAAAGGCGUGAGGUUCAAGGAGGGCGCCAACAUCAACAAGUCCCUGCUCGCUCUUGGCAAUUGCAUCAACAAUCUCGCGGACGGCACCAAGCACAUACCAUACAGGGACUCAAAGCUCACGAGACUGCUCAAGGAUUCGCUUGGCGGCAAUUGCCGUACCGUUAUGAUCGCCAAUAUCGGCCCUUCCAGUCUCACUUACGAGGACACGUAUAACACUCUGAGGUACGCGAAUCGGGCCAAAAAGAUCAAAUCGUACGCCCAGAAGAAUGUGUCGUGCGAGACACAUAUCGCCGGGUACAUCAAAAUAGUGGAGGAGCAGAAGAAGGAGAUCGCCAUCUUGAAGGCGCGACUCGCCGUGCUGGAGAGCGGCGCGCAACCGAUGAUUCUCACGGAUAGCGAGCGACCGAGCAAACAGAUGCUGGAAGCGCACAACAAGCUAUCCAAGUUGUAUAGCAGGAAGAAGGAUCUGAUCGAGAGGAUGCUGGUCCUAGAAAGCUCCGACAAAAUAUUAGCCUGCAGGAUACUCUACAAGAAGGACGCGGACGAGAGGCUGCGCAAUCUGACCGCUGCCGACGACACGCUACCGUCGGACGAGCAGAACGCCAGCGGCAAAUCGCGUAUCAACAAGUCCCUCCGUUACUUCCAGCGGCAAAGAGACUCGCUCAAGACGCUGACCGAAGCGGCCUGGCAGGAGCUGUGCUCCGUGGAUGCGGAGAUACAGAGGGUGGCGGCCGGCAAGGACAAUAAGCAGCUCGAUGAAUGCCUGCGAGACAAGCUGUCCCUGCAGAACUGUGAGAUUGAGAGAUGCUGGAUCUUCGGUAUGCGGCAACACAUCAGGAAGCUCUGCGGCCUGCUGCAAUGCGAGAGGCAGUCAGUCAACACCAUCACAAGAAACAUGAGCGCGACACUGCAAAACUAUUACAACAUGGUGAAGGGCUACGGCACGAUGACCGAGCGCAUGCAGGCAGAAUUCAAGGAGCUGGUUAAGCUGCUCGAAGGCUUUCGCAAUAUCAAGUGGUCAGAUUCCGAUGCGCCGGUGAACGACGCUGGAGACUUCGACGUAUUUGCCUGCCUCAGCACGAUCGGAAUGGACUCGUUUGGUAGCGCGAUGCCACCGGCCGCGAUCACGCCGGAGCUUAACGAACAGGAACGCGAUGUUCGUGGUGUCUUGAAUACCACUUUCAACGCCGGCGACAUCUCCAACUCGAGCGACGAAUCCAACGCUUCUACUGACAAACCCGUGUCAGGGACUUUGCCCAAGAAGAACGUCGCGAGGGUGAUCAGGAAGCGUCCGCUCUCCGACAAGAAUCAGGAGAGCACCAGCACGCCCGUCAAGCAGACGAAGAAGCAUACGAGUAACAGUAAGACUAUUGCGCCUGGUGGCGGUCGCGCGGGCAAGGAGAAUGUGCACAAGCACAGGCUACCUACUCAAUUGAGCGCCAAGAGUAUCGCUAUUUUGAACAAACUGAAGGAGGCUAAUUCCUCGUCCGGCAACGAAGAAGGAACAGACGUGACGUUUAAAACGGUGCGCAAUAAGGAGAGGCGUGCUCUCAUGACCACACAUCCGUACCAGAAACCGGCCCUUGGGAGGAAACACACUCCAGCUCCACCGUCCAGCAGAGUCCCGUGGUGAUCCUAAAUGAAGACUUAGCAUUUUUGUAUCUUUUGGAUAUCUUUUGUACGUAAGGUCAGAGAGAUAAUAGACUUUUAAAUGUCGUACAAAGUCAGCAGAGAGAGUAAGGCUUUCUCCCUCUUUCCUUUUUAUUAAUAAUUGAUUUUUCAAUUUAAUCUGUAUCCCUGUGUCGUAGACAUCGCUAGCUUUACAUCCCGAGCAAAAGUUGCUCUAUAUUGUAAUGUGACAACAUUUUAAUAUUAUAUUAUUGUGUGUUUUCUGUAGGUUAUUAUAGCGUAUUAUUUUACACGAUGACAUUUACGUAUACAUAUAUAUAUAUAUAUUUAUAAUUGUGCAAGCAGACAUCUGUGUAUGUUAGGAAGAGCAGAAUAACAAAUUUCGCAGUGUCGCUUCACUUAAUUUGUACAUGAUGUAAUUACAUAUUUUUAGAAAUUAUUCGAGGUUGACUUCAAAAGGUCGCAGACGAAACGGUAAAUGGCGCUUCGUAAUAGUACAAUUUUAAACAACAUUUAGGACUAGAUUAGUUAAAACCUCGCAUAAUAUACUUUAUUAUACAUAAUACACUUUAAUGUUAGUUUGUUCUUCGAAACUACAUCGUUCGAUGUUGCCUAAGAGCUUUGUGUAAUCUAUCGACAAAGUAUAAUGCAAUAAUUACUACCAAAAUACUAUACGCGUGUUGACUUUGAAUUACGGAGAUUUAUGUCGGACAAACUUCGAAUGUCAAAUAAACAAGACGAAAACAAAGAAAGAAUAA